GGCCCAACCAACAACCACAUCCUCCCUGCAUCGACCAACGUGUCAGUUUAGAGAACUGUUUCAAACCUGAAAUAAGGCUGCGGACAACAAGGAGCAUGCCAGAUAUAUGGUACAUCGUGGCUGUGCCAAGCUUUCACAAGGACACCAAUUUUCAGCCACAUGGGCAUCUAGUCUUUUCUUUUCACUAUGAUCGAACCGUUCCGUUUCCAUUCUCAAUCGAGCUAAAGAUAUCUAUCCAAGUGGGCAAUUAUUGAUGCCUGAACCGACUUGGGAGAUGGAUCGCAGUAUUGAUCAAGAACUGGGUUUGACCCCGGAAACAGAACGAUCUCAUCAAACCACACCGUCCAUAAUGGCAAACGAGACUCCUUCGUUAAUAUCCCCUUCGACUUCGCUGGGACCUGAGAGCAGUAGAGAUUCUCUCGGCAUCGGUUGGCGCUUACCUGCUUGUGACGCUGACACCGACCGCAAGACCUUUUUACCGCCGAGUAGCUCGCGGCUUCCACCGUCUGUAGAUCCUGUAACUCUAACAGGCCUCGGGAUAUUCAGGAACUACGCGUCCAAGUCUACUAUAUCACUCAUGGACGAACCAAUGGAACUAAAGGAUGAUGGAUCGAUAUUCUCGCUCGACGAGGAGGAGAAUAUAGGAUCUCUCACAUCAAUGGAAAGCAAUACAUCCUUACGAUCUUCGAUGAAAUCAAGAAAGCUCGUGCAGCGUAUGCGUUUGUCGAAGCCAUCGGGAGACUUGAUCAGACAUCGAAUUCGGGUUGUGGGCGACGCGGUUGGACAAAUUAAGGGAGACAUUCUCGACGUCACGAAGUCGGCAAAGGAAGCAAUCAGACCGAACUCUGGUGGACUAUGCGAAGCCUGUGAGAAAAUCCCUUUCAGCAACCAACGCAAGGAAGAUACCACGAUGCAUCACGGAAACGUGGAACAAGAGGUGGUGGUCACCGAAGUCAUCGCUUCUUUGGAUCGUGUCCUACAGAACCGUGACUGGUGCAAGUUCUGCCGAGUCUUGUUCGAUGCAUUGUCUCUUGAGGAGAACGACCCUCUUCGGCACCCAGCUGUGCAAAACCACAUCCAAGAGGAGUUGAAAGGAAAGCCAUUCGCCGAAUGGGCAGAGGGAGCCAAUUUUCUGAACCGACACACCUCGAGCCAGACUAUAUGGCCAUUUGGACAUAGGAGUGUCAUAGAUGACCCCGAUGGUCGGUCAGCGUCGCAGCUAGGACUGAUCUCGGAGGAUGACUGGAUCAAUGAUUCCAGUCUGGAGGAAACGAUCACUUUUGCAGACUCAGAGGAGGCGUCAUCUAAUACUGGCCCCCGCAGCUCGACCAGAACCGAGGCAGCCAAAGAAAGGGUUGCGAAAGCCUUGAACAAGACUGUGGAAACCAUUUCUUCAAGAGUGGCGCGUAUUAUGAGGCCAGUUCCGGUAUGGAUAACCAUCAAGACGUACACCAAUACCCACUUAGAAGCGGGGACCAUUGCUAUCAACGUCCAAGGACAAGGACGGGCCCCAGAUGCAUCGAUGGUGCCCCUCUGCUCUUUCAACCUCCGGGUGGUCUGUUCUGAGUAUAUGGAGAAGCGGAGUGGAGAUCUUCGGUACGGUCGUAUCCUCGACCCUCAGGCAAUUGAUCUGUCCCUGUGCAGCAGAUGGGUUGAACACUGCGAGUUUCACCACGGCCCAGGCUGCGGCAACCCUAUUUGGUCAAAGUCACUCGAGCAACCGUCGGGGGUUGGAUUCAGAGUGGUCGAUGUUGAAGAUGAGAAGGUCGUCGAAUAUCCUAAUCCGGAAGCCUGUGAUUAUGUUACCCUCUCAUAUGUGUGGGGUGGGUAUACUACCGUGCAGCUGCUGAAGAGCAACUUAUCGCAGCUAAGCCGCCGGGGAGGAUUGGGUGAGGCCAAGGCCGGCUUGCCACAAACCGUUCGAUCAGCCAUGAUGGUCACCAAGAAACUCAACAAGCGAUACUUGUGGGUUGACAGUCUUUGCAUCGUGCAAGACAGUGACGACAAGGCCCUGCAGCUUGGCCAGAUGGAUCGCAUUUACGGCAACUCUGCUGUGACUAUUGUCGCAGCCGAUGGAGGAAAUGCGAACUCGGGGCUCGACGGUGUUUCGUUUCCAAGGAGCACCAGAGAAGAAUGCAGACAAGUAGUCCAGGAAGUAGUACCCGGGGUCAGGAUCCUGAUUCCGAUCAGAUACAGACCGAAUCUCUACCCAUGGGAAACGAGAGCCUGGACAUUUCAAGAAAAGCUUCUCUCCAAGAGACUCCUCGUAUUUAGUCACGGCCAUGUGUACUUCCACUGCAGACAUGGAGUUUAUAUGGAGGACAUGAGCGCGAAGGAAGCUGGUAAUGGGCCGCGCCAGAUAAAUUGGCUCUCUGUUGGAGAGGAUGACAAAGUCUCGUUAAAAUCCGUUAUCGACAUGGACACGAAUUCUGCUUUGCACAUUCGAAGAUCGCCAGUCUUUGCACAGUAUGCUGAUCUGGUGGGUCAAUACACAAGUCGCCAUCUGAGCUUCUCAAACGACAUUUUAAACGCUAUCGCCGGUGUGAUGACUAUCCUCGAUGGGAGCAGACAACAAGGUACUACUCGCGAUUCAGCAAGCGGCACACUGUAUGGUCUUCCUACUGAGUUCUUGGACCUCGCACUUCUCUGGCAACCAGCGGCAGAGAAGGGUGCACGGCUCCGCAGACGAAUAUUCAUAGACCAAGACUCACGGCCGCUAAACAACAAAUUGCAACUACCCAGCUGGUCUUGGGCCGCCUGGGAAGCCGUAACUGAGGGGGAGAGAACAUAUUCAAGUGGAGUGCGUUACGAAGAUUCUUUCAGCCUGGUCUCGGAUCACCUAGAGGGGUACAAAGUAAAAAAGAUUUUAGAAUCGCUUGAUAACGCCGAGGAACGAGUCAGGCCACUGGUGCGCUGGCAUAGAUUCGUACCGUCAGACGCGGUCCCUGUACCUCCUCAACCUGUUGCUUUGGCCAAACAGUCAUCAGCGUGGUCUAUUUCCCAUGUCCUACGCCGACCCACCACAAAGCCAGUGCCGGCAGACAGCCUGCUGAACAGACUUGGCUCAGAAACGCCGGCGAAGCUCAUUCUGGUGAACGGGACAGGGCUGGGACUAGCUAGCGACGCGGCAAAACUGUUAGAAGAGUGGCGUGAGACUCGCAAAAAGCCUUUCCAUGAUAUCCAUCUCAAAAUAGACGACCUGCCCCCUUGCGCUAUCGCGGAUCUCGACGAGCGCCAUCUAAUCUUUUGGACAUCGACAGCCAAGUUUCGUCUUGGAAAUAAGACAUUACGCUCAGAGACCACCUUCAAAUAUUCGGCGACUGCGAAUCUGUUGCCGGAGCAACAGCACUGGAUUCAUGAGAUAGAGAUACUUGAUUCACGUUCCUUCACUAUCGGUCGGGUUAUCCUGCACGAUGCCACAGAGGUGAUACAACCCUUCGAAUAUUACGACUUCGUUGUCAUAUCCGAGGCCCAAUAUUUUGGCAACGAAGAAAGGCUUUAUGCAGAGCAAGAAUACCCGUUGUUUAAUGUAAUGAUGGUCACGUGGGAUAAGAGCAAGCCGCAGUUUGCCACUAGGGCCGCCAUGGGCAAGGUGUUCAAGGAGGCCUGGGUAGAAGCAACCACAACCGACCAGCUGAUCAUCCUUGAAUAAAUAGGUAGUUUUUUGGGUCACACAGUUUCAGGGAGGAUGGAGAAUCCAUACACUCGUUGCAUCCGCCUUUGGCCAAGGUAUACUAAAGUCCACAAGCAGACAUAGACUAGACAUAGUAGAGACAGCUAUGAGAAGCCAC